AUGUCGCAGCAUUUCAGAAUCGGGUGCCGCGACGUUGUGCAACUGCCACCUAUACGAGCUGGCCCUACACCGCCCGAGGUUCCUGGACCCCCCCACUCGAAUGACGUGGAAGAUGCCACGCCUCUCUACGCACCCAAUUUGCCACCUUUCGUUCGCCGAAAUCCCUCGUACCGGUGGGAGGCGUCAGCUCUGGUGUCGUUCUCAAGCGAUGGGGCCUUUUGUGUCACCCAACCUGUUAUUUGUUUGCCAUAUAAAUAUAAUCUGACGGUGACAUUCGAGACCUAGCCUCAAACUACCUCCCAUCAGCCACGAGCCAGUGCCAAUCCAUCCCAGGCUCCGACUCGCUUUCCUCGCCCCUACAUACGCAUCUGUCAUCCCUGCAUCACCAUGGCCACUUUGAGUCCCAGAGUCAACAACAGACACGGCCACUCCAAUAGUAUAGGCAGCUUGACCGGCGGCAUCGACAACGGUGCCGGGGGCAUCUUGGCCCCCAGUCUAUCUCACCAAUCCGUGCACAGCGAGACCCGUCAAAGGCGUUCAUCCUCGAUCAUCCAGCACUUGGAACCCGACAACUUGGAAACCAUCUUCCUCAACUUUAUCAACGUCUUGGACAACAACUGGAACUGGACCCUCACCAACUUGACCUACAACAUAGGCUCCUACAUCAUGUUUCACCAGGUCAAAGGUACCCCCUUCGAGUUUAAUUCGGGUGCCUACGACAAGCUUACAAUGUGGGAACAGAUCGACAACGGCGACCAGUACACCCCCACCAAGAAGUUCUUGAUGUUGGUGCCUAUUGCCUUGUUCUUGAUCAGCACCCACUACUCCAACUACGACUUGAAUUUGUUUAUUUUGAACGGGGUCAGUUGUUUGUGCGUCGUGGUUCCAAAGUUGGCAUUUGCCCACAGAUUGAGAGUGACUUUGUAUUAACUCGAAUUUAAUCGAUAAUUUAUGAGGAUGUAGUAAUAAACACAAAAUUUAAUAUGACCGCAUCGUGUACAAUUAAUGUCUACUAAUAUUAGUGUUGUAGCACCAA